AAAGAACGUUUUUAUUGCUGCCUUGACAUUUGCUUUGAUCGUGUUAAAGACAUUUCACAAAAGGUUCUCGUGAUGAUUUCAGUGCUCCCUGCAGGAUUCCUCACACUUAAUGAAGCCGCAACGCUCGUCACGAACAAAGUCGAACUUCAGGAUGGAUUAACUGAUUUGAUGAACUUCAGCUUCCUGUCUUACAACCAAGAACGAAUGGCUUACUACUUGAACCCUGCCAUGAGAUCGUUUGCAAUCUAUAAAGCAACACAGGAACCACCAACCUCUUCUGAAACUGACUCUAAUGAAUCCAAUUUGAGUCUUACAUACAAGGAUGCUACUUCAAGGUUUGUGAAGAACACAUUUGACAGCCUGUUAAAGAUUGAAAAUGAUUUCUUCAGCACCGACAGUGCAAUUGCCAUCCAGAAAUACAGAAAACAAGAGGCAAAUCUCAGAGAAAUAGCAAAUUGGCUCGACUCUGAUAGAUUCUCCAAAGAUCCUGAAAUGAAGCGCGACAUCAUCGAGUCAUUCAUGAAAUGUUACUUGAUCAACAUCAAGUUGAUGGAAAGAGGUUUAUUGAAAAACAUCCUGCGUAGGAUUUUAAGGUUUUGUCGAGAUGAAGAAGGUAUAGACAACUCAAAGAAUAAAGACAAAAAGAAGCAAUUAUACGUCGAAUGUCUGACUUAUGAUGGAGUUGCGUGCAUCUUGAGCUGUCUCGGUGUGCCCCAAAUAUGUCCAAUUGCUCUAGAGCAAGCAAAGUGGUGCUUUAAUGAAGUGCUGAAGGCAAUAUGCAGCAACGAUAAGAAAAUUUCAAGCUUAAGUAAACAGCUCAAACUUGUGUCUAAGUGCAAGAUCAUGUCCAAGGGAGCCCAAACUCAAUUCCUUCUGAAGUACGGCAAGUGUUUGGUUCGUCAAGGACGAAAGGACGAUGGAUUGGAAUUUUUCAAAAAAGGGGUUAAAAUACGCAAGAAAGUGUUCAAGAAAUCAAAAUCCACAAAAGAUCGCGUUAUGGUGGCAGUGGGAUACAAUGAUCUUGCAAGUACCUACAGUUAUAACAAAGAUUCGAAUGAAAAAGCCAUUCAAAUAAGACAAACCGAAGUCCUACCAGUUUAUGAAAAGCAUCUUGGUUGUCAUCCAUUUACAGCCAAUGCGCACAGCCAUUCAGCCCAUGACUACCUCGUACUCGGUAAGUACGAAGAAGCCCUCAAGGCAUGCGAAAAAGCUUUGUCCUACAGAAAACGAUCCUUGGGCGAACAUUCUGAAACUGCUCGUUCUUUGUUUGAAAUGGGCCGUAUCUUACGAGAGCAAGCGGGUCAAACUGAUCCUGGCGACAAGCAGUCAAAACAACUUGAAGAAGCACUUCGUUAUCUGAGAGAAGCACUUAAAAUGCGUCAGAAUCUUGCAUUCACCUCUAAAGAAAUGGCAGGAAAUCACGUGGAAAUGGCUCACGUGUUGAGAUCCUUAGGGCGAGAAGAGGAAACAAAAGAGCACGAGGAAAAAGCAGGAGAUUGUUUUAUGAAUGUAGACUAUUCUUACAUGGGUUAGCCCAUGGAUACGACACUAAUUUAAGUCAUUUCUUCCACACACGGUAUCCUUCAAAGCUCUCGCAAAGUGGCAUUUUGAAAAGCAACCGGUUCCUGUGCCAUCGAAGCGAGAUAACCGUCAAGUUGUCUUCACUUCUUUUAUG